AUGUUUCUCUUACUAAUCAGCCUUUAUCUGCUUGGAUCUGCCAGAGGAACAUCAGGUCAGCCUGAUGAGCCUUCUGGCUCCAUAGAUCAUCAAGCUUCAGUUCAGCAACUUUCAGGUGAGUACUUUUCACUUGAAAACCCUUCUGACGCUGAGGCUUUAUAUGAGACUUCUUCAGGCCAGAACACUUUAAGUGAGCAUGAUUCCAGUGAGCAUGGUUCAAGUGAGCACACUGUGGCUGAGCACACUUCUGGAGAACAUGCUGAGAGUGAGCAUGCUCCAGGUGAGCCUGCUGUGGCUGAACAUGCUGCCGGUGAGCAGCCUUCAGGUGAAAAGUCCUCAGGUGAGCACGUCUCUGGUGAUCAGCCUUCGGGUGAGCACACCUUGGAUGAACAGCCUUUGGGUGAGCAUGCCUUGGGUGAACAGCCUUCGGGUGAGCAAGCCUUGGGUGAACAGCCUUCGGGUGAGCAUGCAUCAGGUGAACAGCCUUCGGGUGAGCACACCUUGGGUGAGCAGCCUUCAGGUGAACAGCCUUCGGGUGAGCAUGCCUCUGGUGAACAGACUUCCGGUGAGCACGCCGCGGGUGAACAGCCUUCGGGUGAGCAGUCUUUGGGUGAGCAUGCUUUGAGUGAAAAGCCUUCAGGGGAACAGUCUUCAGGUGCAACAAUUUCAAGCACAACUAUAGGCAUAAUAUUAAAUUGCUACGCAUGUGCUUAUAUGAAUGAUCAAGGAAAAUGUCUUCGUGGAGAGGGAAUCUGCACCACUCAGAAUUCCCAGCAGUGCAUGUUAAAGAAGAUCUUUGAAGGUGGAAAACUCCAGUUCAUGGUUCAAGGGUGUGAGAACAUGUGUCCAUCUAUGAAACUCUUCUCCCAUGGAACCAGGAUGCAAAUUAUAUGCUGUAGGAAUCAAUCUUUCUGCAACAAGAUCUAGAAACCUGGGCCCUUGCUUCUUAUUUUGACUCAGGCAGCAAAAAGCCUCCAUCACUCUGUUUGGUUCAUUUUAUAUUUAGUUCUUUUCCCAGUCAACAGCUGACCACAUCUGCCUCUGCUUGAGCAUUAGGACGCGCAAACAUCCUAUCUUUCUUCCCCUAUUCAUGCUUUUAUCCAUUCCUCUCUGUCCUGUCUUCCCUACUCCAACUCUAUAUCUCAAUAUCCCUGAUGUUUUUUUCAAUAAAUUUCACAUAGUUCAAGAACAUAGGCUCAAGAUACUUUUUUUUUCCAUCAAUCUAGUUGCAGGGUCAACAUGAGCUUUCUUCCACUCUGAUGCUAAAGUGGGUAUAUUUUGUAAGCAUUCCAUAUUUAUGAAGGAGUCUCCAAGGGCAGAGACAACAAAGAAGAAUGCAAAGUAGGUAUUAAACUUUUAAAGAGGUAUAAACAACAUUGCAGAUACUUCUGACACCCCCACUUUUCCAUCCCUGUA